AUGAUUAUUAAUCAACUCUUUGAGAAACUCACAGAGUCUCCGAAUUUCAAGAGCAUAUCUCUUUUAAUUAAGCUUUUUAGACUUGCAUCAAAAGGAGAUUAAGAUGAGGAUUAACCAGACCAAGCGAUUGCAAAGUAUUGCUAAGAACCUGAAGAUUACUCGAAGAUUAUUCAAUUCUCAUUACUACAACUUCCAAAUAUUUUAAGGGAUUUUUAUUAAGUGGACUAUGCAGAAACAUUUAAGAGAGAGCAUAUUGAGUCUCACAUUCAUUAGGUUAUCAUAAGAGGGUUUUUCAUAAAAGCAAUGAAUUUCUUGGAACACACUAUUGAGACACAAGAGGCAUAGGAGGGAACUAUUCUAUUUGUUAUAAGAGCUCUGGGAAAUUUGAAUAUAGUGUUGACAGCAUUUGAAAGUUUGUAAAAGAAAGCAUUGAAAUUAUUGAUACAAAUAUGGGGUGAUCAUUUAUCUUUGUAAAUCAAAUUGCAAGCAUUUGUGUAGGUUAGAAAGGUAUUUUAAUCAAUGGCUGACCAUUAGCAAUAAGACAUUAUGAAGGUAUAUAAGUAUUUGUGAUUGUAUAGAAAUUUUAUGAGAAGUAUUUGGAGUCUGCUAAACAUGUUCUUUGGAGGAAUUAUGAAGCAAUAAAUUUCAUGAUCAAUUGUAUCACUGAAUUGUGCAAUCUGAAUAUGAAUCAGGCAUAUUAAGUAGUGUAUUUGAGUUUACAAAAAUUGGUGAAAAAGAUCAGAGAUGCAAGUGUUUCUAAGAAUCAAUAAAAUGUUUUAUCUAUUUACAAUUAGCAAACUUUGAAUGUACUCAAGUUGUGGGCUCAAGUAAUUUGUACUCACAAGAGAGAGAAUCAAUUGGCUGAUUUGAUGCCUCCUUUCAUUCAAAUAACAUAAUCAGUGCUAGACUUUUAUCCUUGCAUUGACAAUUACACUUUCUAAUUAUAGUUGAUUGAUAUCUUAAUCAAAGUAUCUUAGGACUACAAGGUCAAUUAAAAUCUGUUGAGUUAUAUACUGAGGAUGUUGAAUUGUGCUGAGUUGAAGAGGAGGAAGCUAAAGAGCAGUGUUAAGCCAUAUGAUUUUUUGAUCAAUAUAUCGAUAAAACCAAAAUACAAAUAAUCUGGAACCUUUUGGGCUGACUUCUGUUAAUAGAUUGUCAAUAAGAUAGUGAUUUACUUAUCCAUAUUCUCCACUGAAUAGUGGUUCUAUGAAUACACAUUAUUUUUGGAGAAAUAAUUGAAAAGAAUCUCAGAGGAUUUUGGUUUUGUGGGCAAUAAAAUUAAAGUGAAAGAGUUGAUUCGAUUAAUUGAACAACAUAAUAAAGGAGAAAAGGGAGAGAGUAAUUUGUAGAGUGAAGCUUAGAGAUUGAUUUAUGAGUAGGAGGAAUUGAUUAAAUAGAAGGUUAUGUCUGAGAAAUAGAGACAAUAAGCAGGGGAAGAACUUGAGGAAUCUGAAUAGGAGAUUGAUGAUGAGAAGGAAUAAGAAUAUGUGUUGGAUGAGAUUAGAAAGUAUAAGGAGGACAAGAAGAAGGAGGAUGUUGCUGAAGAGGAUUAUGAAGGGUUAAGUGAAUACGAGGGAGAUCCUGAAAAUUAUUAGGAGGAAGCUGAGGAAUAGGAUGAUUUAGAUGAUGAUUCUGAUAAUUGA